AUGUCAUCUAGACAAGCCAAUCAAGCAAGCAUCCGCAAAGAUACGCAAGUCAGACUUGCAGAGCUUAAAGGAGUAGCAUUGAACACGAUACCCUAUUCACGUUCUAAUGCUAUUUUAACUCAAUAUCAAGAAGAGAUUAGAAAUCUCGAAAAGAAAACUAAUUACCAAUCAGAAAUAGAUUCCAUUGACAAGUUAGCUGACUGGUUAGCUAGGCCAGAAAAAGAAGAUCCGGUUCGACAUAUAGAUGGAUCAAUUACAUGGUUCUCAAGACGUAUUUCAAAAUUAGCACUCCAGAAAAAGCUAAAUAAUCAUGGAAUAGAGUAUUGA